AUAUAAAACCGAAUAGUAUCUUCUUAUUUGUUUAAUUGUGAUAUUUUUUUAUUUUCUUGUUUUUUUGUAAUCAUUAUUAGUUACAAAUACUUUAACUGAAGCAAUUUAUAUCAAGUACAUUUCAAUAAGUUCUUAUAAAAUUUAUGUAAAGUUUGCAAAAUCAUAAAAUGCAUAGGUACAAAGGAAACUAUUAACUAAAGCAGGAAAAUUUAAUUAAAAACUUUUAAGAAACAAGUAAAACAUUGUCCCUAAAGGCAACAAAAUCAACAGCAUCAACAGCAACAGUAAAGUUAGAGAAUGGCAACUUUGCAGUACUUUCAAGAGCACGUUCCAACAACUACGUUCAUCAAUUCAUAACAAAAACUAGGACAAUGCAUAGACGUGCGACUGGACCAAAAAGGAAAGUUUCCGCAGUGUACAAAUUCAUCCGAAGAGAUACUGAGAGCCAAAGCAGCGAUGAGGAUAAUGAUGAUCAGACGGACGACGAAAGCUUGGAUUACAGUACUGACGUAAGUGUAAAAGAGGACGACGUCGAAACUGAUGAAGAUAUCGAUUUGGAUACUGACACCAAAAGCGAAGAAGAUUUACAGCCAGGAGAAUUGGAUUAUUGACUUUUUGGAAGAGAGCGAAGAUAUGGAAGCCGAACAUAAAGCAGAGGUAAUUGAAGAAGAAGAGGAAUCGAUAGAUUACGAAGGAGGCAUUUUUGUUGACCCUUUAACCGGCGAAGUGCGAAAGAAAGUUAUUACUGAACCAAGAGAAUAUGAAACAGAGGCAGAAGAAAAAAGUGAAACCAAAAUUGAUAGCAUGGCUGAGCCUGCAACCGGGCCGGAUACUGAACAUAAAAUUACAUCAUCGCCUGGAUCAGAAGACUUUUGGUAUGAAGAGCUUGACGCUUUGUAUAGAAGCGAAGAAGAGGCCGCCGAACUUGCCUUGAAAAAGGUAGAAGAGGAAUCAAAUGUUGAGGCCAUGUUUGUAGAUAAAGUUGAAGAACCAGUUUUAAUUACAGCGCAAUUUGAUUUUGAGGCGUGGCAAAAAAUUGAAGAGACACGUAUUAUAGAAGAAUCUAUGGGCGAAUUUUUAGUAGAUGUUAUCAAAAUGGCCAUUGAGUCUUCCGAACGUAAUAAUGCAAUCAAUCAAUUGUAUAACAAUUUGAAUAAAAAGAAACUUAUGAAAGAAUUGUUUAAAUUGAGAAGUGAACAAGAACAUGAGAAUUGGCUACGAACGCAACUGAAUCGAAAAUGUGUUGAACAUUAUAAUCGUAAAAAACUAUAUCGUACAAUUACCGAAGAAUCUACCAAAGUGGCCGACUAUUACAAUCAAAAACUUUACGAACAGAUGAUACGCCUGGAUAAUUUAUUAUCAGAAGAAGAGACAGUGAAAGCAAAAACGGAAAAUCUCAUUCUACAACUUAAGAAAGAAUUGGAAGACUUAAAGGCACUCAAUCAAAAUGAGCUUGAGAACUUUGAGAAUAUGAUUUUACACAAUAUAAUUCGUGGUGAUUGUAACCAUUUAAGGAAUAGCAUGCGUGGACCGAUGAAUAAUAUGGCGCGUGAACGAAAAAAUAUUUCGUUGUUACAUAGAAAAAUCAUAGCAAAGCAGCAAAUAAUUCUUAGCAUAAAAAAGAAAAUAGCAGAUGCCGAAAAUCUAGGCGACGGUUUAAAUAUCAGUGACUAUCGAAGCAUACAACAUGAUAUUUCAGUUCUUCAUGGCAAAAUACAAGAACGCGAGAAAGAUUUGGUGAAAAUGCGUAAUACAUUGAAUAAAGAUAUUGGGCAGAUAACACAUAUGCGUAAAAAGAGAUCUAUAUUAGUUCAACAGACCGCAAUGCAGCGCGAAGCUUUGAAAGAAUUUUGCGAAAAACGCGACUUAGUACGUGUGAAACUGGAUAGUUUAACUCAUAAACGGAUGCGCUUGCGUCAGCAAAUACGAAAUGCAACACUGCAAAGUGGUCUUCUCAGUAAGCCUUUGCUAAUAACGGACCAUGAAGAUGCCAAAAAACGUGUUGAAGCUCUAAAUGAGACUAUUGAAAAUCUGAGAAAUAAAUAUGAAUUAUUAGAGUGGCGUGUUCAACAACUUAACAAACAAUUAGGUCCCUUCACAAUGGAAAUACCUUUGCAAGUAGCUUUGCGCAUUUGUCCCAUUCUGCCUCAGGAGAAACCCAAUACCGUAUUAAAUGUUGAUGAGGCCAAAAAUGCAGGUAUGCAAGAAGAUACAGCAUUUUUGCCUAAAUCCGACGACGAUGCUCCCGAGGAAGAGAAGGAGAAAAAAUGUUGUGCAAAGGCCAUAAAUAGUUUAUCUAGCGAUACAUCAGCCGAAAUAACGACACGUAUAUGGUUAUCGUAG